AAAUCCAGUAACAUCCGUCUGGGCUGGAGAGCAGGUGCCUGUCUCUUCUUGAAGAGGAAAACAGACAGAGGAUGUGACAGAAGUGUGGGACAGUGUUUCCGAUUUGCAGAUUCGUAUUUUUAUCGGCGUGUCCUCGUAACGACGUCCUGUACUGACUGAAGCGAUCGGACCGGCGCUCACAGACCGUCCUCUGCCUACUUCCACUCGGUGUAACCCCUGCGAGAUCUUCUCCAAAGUAACUUGCUCGCCUGGCCGUCCCUGGAGCCCGCUCAUGGGUGACGCUGGACCGGAUGGCGUGCUACUACCUUGUGAUCAGCUCCACGCACCUAAGCAAUGGACACUACCGGAGCAUCAAAGGAGUUUUCCGUGGUCCGCUAUGCAAAAGCACCGGAGGCGAAUCACCGGACUAUGCUAAGAAAGAGAAAGCCAUUGCAAAAGCCCUGGGGGAUUCCAAGGCAAACUUCUAUUGUGAACUAUGCGACAAGCAGUACCAUAAACAUCAGGAGUUUGACAACCACAUCAACUCGUAUGACCACGCACAUAAACAGAGGCUGAAAGAGUUGAAGCAGAGAGAAUUUGCACGCAAUGUCUCCUCCAAGUCCUGGAAAGAUGAGAAAAAGCAGAAAAGAGCUCUGAAACGACUGCACCAGCUUGCACAACUCAAACAGCAAAGAGACAGUGAUGACAGGAAAUGUCCAAAGUUAAGGUCUACAAACAAAGAUAAGGAUCCCGUUCAAAUCCUCUCUGCUGGCAGUAGCAAGUUUGACACAAAACCAACAGCAUCCUUGGUUCAAAACUCAAAUCCUAUCUCUACAAACACCUCAUUGAAGGGCUUGUCCUCCACUCGUGUGCCCACACAUCAGCAGCCAUGCCACGAAAAACACCCCUUACCGACAAAAUCCUCUGCAGUACACCGGGGCCCUAGGGCAGGAGUCUCAUUCUGUUUCUCUAGACGAGCUCAACUAAAGCUUGACUCCUGUGCAUCUGUGUUUAGUGAUGGACUUGAGGAGGCCAGUGACUAUCAAGAGCUCCAGCGCCACAAGCACAGACUCGCCCUGGAAGCCCUUUGGUCUAGCUCAUGCUCACCCAGAACCCCAAAUAAUGAUGACCAUGAUCUGUCCCAUGAUCCACUGACUCUGGGCUGGGUGGAUGAAGACUCUCAAACACCUCAAACGGAAGCACAAGCAAAACAUGUGGAGAGCCCUGAAAUUCAGGCAAACUACAGCACAAGUCACCCAGAGAAGCUUGGGUGUCCUGACACACACAGUCCUGGAGCAAACUGGAAGCCAGCUGGUUCAGAGGACAGAUUGCAUGAUGGGGGGCAGAGACCCAGGGCAGAGGGGGCUUAUGCAGGAUCAGAGGGGAGAGAAUGCCUCAAGUGCCCCGGCCCUACUGUUUACACAGAUGGACAGGGUACCAUGGCCCAAGGCCAACUCCAAAUACUCAAAGGCUCACACCACCAUACACAGAAAAUCUGCGAACAGGGUACUAUGCAGAAUGGGAAGGACUGUAUAUCAGAAAAAGAGACAGAGGAGUAUAAAAUACACAGAGUGUGCAAGGAUGAAAAUAUAGGUUCUUUCCUUAAUGUAGUCAGCAAGGACGGAAGUGUGACAAAAUGGCCUUUUGAGCUGGUGCAGUACACUUCCGACAAGCCACACGUAUCUUACAGCUGUAACCCUCUCUACUAUUAUUUAAAACACAAGGAGGGCAGAGACAAAAGCACAAAAGGGACAGAUCUUGCUGUUGUUGACAAGCUCACAGGCCAGAAUGACAGAGCUAGGCCACAAACACAGGAUGUUCCAGGAGAUAAAUUAGGCAUUUUUAAACCAAAGAAACCGAAACACAGGAUAAAGGGGAAAAAUCGUUGGCAUAAAUUAGAUGCUGCCAAGAUCCGGCAAGCGGGAUGCGCAUUCAAAACCUGCUCACAGACAGAAGCUGGAGGACACUUUGAAUUCCAAUGCACUCCAACCGGCACGUCACAAUACAAGCAAGAAUGCACUGAGAGGAGGCACAAGCUGGGGAAGAGGAAAAGAUCAGUGAGAGAUGAGACUUCAAAUGAAAGUGACACCCCAGAGCACAGCCUCAAAAGCAUCGUUGUAAGCUCGCUUUCUGCCCCGGCACGUAAAAGGAAGAAAUGUCAAACGAUGAGGGGGCUUGUGUCAGCGCUGCGCUUGGUAAGGCGGAGGCCUUUGUCAUAUUCUGUUCACAACACGACAGGAAGAGAGGAUAAUUAUCGCUGGUAUGACAACACCUAUGAGUCAAAGAGGGAUGCUGCCUCAACUCCCAACAGUGACAAAUCUGGGUCGUGGAGUGGCCUGUCAGACUUGACCUCAGAUGGAGAAUGGCCUGUGUACCACAUGGGUAAACGCUCCACCUCACCAAGAUCAAACUAUCUAUACCCUUUGAGAAAGGAGCACAGUCAGCCCAGGUCUUGCGUUAGAAGUUCCUCUUACAUUGUUCCUCACUACAGUUAUAGCCCAUGCAGAGAUUUCAGACAUACAGGAGACAGUUGGGAUUACGCAGACUCUUACAUCUACAAUAAACGGAAAUAUUCAAUGGUUUAUAACAGCCCGGAUCAGCAUGAGAGAUACAGCAUCAGAAGACACAAAAAAAUAGCUGAGGAGCAUAAACAGAGAGAGCAUAGAACUCAAAAUACAGGCAGGCAGUUGUUUUAUAGAGUCUAUGACAGUCCUGAACCUCAAGAGGAUGUCAGGGAUUGGUGGUAUGAAAGACUUAGCCCUGUAGGUAGGAGGUACCGGGAGAGGGAAGAAUGUCCUUGGUCAAGUCCAGAAAGAAGUGAAGACAGGUGGUAUAACAAGCCAGUGUCCAUUCGUAGCCCCAGUUCCUCUAGUAGCAUUAGCAUCUCUGAUCUUAAUGGGGACUGGUUGUCUAAUUCCCAUAUUAGGCCAUCUCCAACUGUACAGAGCCAGAAACAUUGCAGUCAUUCUGGGUGGCCAUCCAAGAGAUUGGUCAAGACCAAAUCAUCUCCUCUUAGAAAGAGGAGUCACUCACCCCCAUUAGCUACAAGUAACAAUGUAGCUCAGCCUAAUUCCUUACAAUCAAGUAUAGGGAAGGAAGAUGGUACUCAUAAAUCUAACCCAAUUCCAAAAGACCAGUUGGUUGAGAAGGAUCCUAAAGUAAAGAAAGCAAAUGUCACCCUCUCACUUCCACUAAUUGGUAAAUUACCCUCUAUUAAGAAAGGGGCAAGAAAAAUAGGGAUAAAUAAAGAUGCAAGUGCCAGUAUUAGUAACCAGGUUCCAACAUCUUCGUCUGUCCCAUCAAAUCAACAAGUUAUACCUCAAAUUGACAGUAAGACUUCAGAACACUUACAACAAACACAUGGGCAAAAUUACAGCGCAUCCCAUGCCUGUCUUGAAAUUGCCAAGGAGGAUAGAUCAACAGAAAUCUGUUCUGCUUUAGCGCUGGGUCCAGACAAGACUUUGUCGCAUAAACUUAACAUCAGAGACCAAGCAGACAAUGCAGGAAUUGCAGGGAUUCACUGUCCAAAAUGCACCACCCCUCCCCUUUCUGAGCAACCAAUCACCUUCACCAAUGAUGAGAUUGAGAAGUACAAAUUGCUUCAGCUCCAGGCCCAGCAGCACAUGCAGCAGCAGCAGCACCUUCAAGAGCAAGUAUCUGUGGACAUGAGCCAUUUACCAGUACCAACUGCAGAGCCACCUGACCAGACUACACUUUCAGCCUGUCUACCAUACAACAUACUCCAGCCCUCUUCUCCACCCUCUUCUAUUGCUCCUCACUCUUCGCCUGUUGCCCUGCUAUCACCCCUUCAUCCCACUCUCUCUCAGCCCCAAUUUGCCCGUCCAAUUCCUGCUGCCUUCUUUUCAGUGCCGCCAGCUACUAUGUUGGCAGCUCAACCCCUCCACCUGAUCCCAGCCUCAUCUUUCCACCCAGUUCACCCUCACCAUCAUGUUCCUGGGUUGACUCUCCACCCCCUUCCUCCCACUUCUCUGCUCCCAACGAUGCUCAGUCCAAUGCCCAUGGCUGCCGCUGCUGCUGCUGCUGUUGCUGCUGCUGCCAGCACUCUGCAGAUCCACCCCCUACUACACCCUCUGUUCCACAGCCAGGACCUUCAGCGCCACCCUGGACCAACCAGCUAGUUCUGGUCAGAAUGAGAGGGCAAAUGAGAAUAAGAAAGAAUAUAGUUCUGACAUGAAAUAUC